UUUUUUGUAAAGAGCAGCCUUCAAGAGCACUCUUCACAGGCCUUAAGUGCAUAAGGUCUGGGUUGGGCUUCGAAAAGAUUAUUGAUGAAAAAACUCACUGAGGUUCCUGAUACCAGUGAUUUGUUUAAGAUAAUUAAGGCAGUUUCUCAAUAGCCAGAGGCUUACUUCUUAGAAAACGAGGGAGAGUAUUUGCUAACCUCGAUUAGCCCAGUGGCUAGAAAACUCCUUGUUUAGACAGGCCAAGCUGCCUUCAGCGCCAGGCUGCGCUGGCAAAAGAUCAACAACAUCAAUUUCCAGGGCAAGCUUGUCCAAGGCAGCGAGAGCCCUGUCUCAGCGGGGCUCCUUCCAUGGCCUCUACCGGCUGAGGCCUCAGAUCAAAACAAGUCCUUAAACGAUAACAACCUUUGGGUUGCCAGCACUAAAACCGAGCUGUUGAGGGCAGCUUAUUUAUUUUAUUUAUUUAUUUCCACUUAGAGAACUCGGCACGGCCUGCUCGAGCAGGGUAGGAGGAAAGCAAGCGAAUUCAGUUCCAAUUCCCAACUGCAUUUUUAGAAGAUGGAGGCGGAGAGGGGCGAAGGGCGCUCAGGGGAGCCGGGCUCCCGGCGGAACCAGGCGGCGGAGGGGCGCGGCGCUAGGCGGGUUCGCACGGGGAGGCUGCCGGGGGCCGGGCAGCACCGGCGGGGCGGAGCGGAGCCGAGCGAGGCGGCGGAGCCUGAGCCGGAGGGAGAGUGGCGGGCGGCAGGCAGGGGGGUCGCGGCCAUUACGCUGGGAUGUGCGCGGGGACACGGAGGACACUCCUUGGAUUAUAAAGCAUUUCAGGAACAAUGGCAGAUCCCAUCCGCUGGGCCAGAUACCGUUGGCAGCGACUGAUAUCUACAGAAGGUAGAGAAGUUAGCAGCAGCAGCAACUCAAGUAGCAAGCGCUAUCAAUCAUCAAAAACUGCCAGCAAACACAGGAUAGUGAUACCCUGUUUGGGGCAUUUUAAGGAAGAAUAUGAAAAGGUGUCAAAACUGUACAUGAACAACAAAAUACGGACUACUAAAUAUACUUUACUGAAUUUUAUACCACGGAAUUUAUUUGAACAAUUUCACAGAGUUGCCAAUUUGUAUUUCCUAUUUCUAGUUGUUCUAAACUGGGUUCCUCUGGUGGAAGCUUUCCAAAAAGAAAUUACAAUGCUACCUCUAGUAGUGGUUCUGACAAUUAUUGCAGUGAAGGAUGGUCUGGAAGACUACUCAAAAUACAAAAUGGAUAAACAGAUAAACAAUUUACUUACCAAAGUGUAUAGCAGGAAAGAGAAGAAAUACAUAGAAGAAUGCUGGAAAAAUGUCAACGUUGGUGACUUCAUCCGGCUUUCACGUAAUGAAAUCAUUCCUGCUGACAUGGUGCUGUUAUAUUCUAGUGACCUGGAUGGGAUCUGUUACAUUGAAACUGCAAGCCUUGAUGGAGAAACUAAUCUAAAGCAGAGGCAGGUGGUGAGAGGAUAUUCAGAGCAGGUCUCUGAAAUUGAUCCAGAAAAAUUUUCCAGUAGAAUAGAAUGUGAAAGUCCUAACAAUGACCUCAGUCGCUUCCGAGGCUUUGUUGAACAUUCAAACAAGGAUAGAGUGGGCCUCAGCAAGGAGAACUUACUGCUCCGAGGAUGCACAGUAAGAAACACAGAAGCUGUUGUAGGCAUUGUGGUAUAUGCAGGUCAUGAAACCAAAGCCAUGCUGAAUAACAGUGGACCUCAUUACAAGCGCAGUAAAUUGGAAAGAAAAGUGAAUUCUGAUAUUCUUUGGUGUGUUCUGCUUCUAAUUUUAAUGUGUUUAACUGGUGCAGUAGGCCAUGGAAUUUGGUUAAGUAGGUACUCGGAAAUACCUUUUUUUAACAUCCCUGAUCCAGAUGGGAAAUCGAUUCCUCCAGUGUUAGCAGGGUUCAACAUGUUCUGGACAAUGAUCAUUUUAUUACAGGUCUUGAUCCCAAUUUCUCUCUAUGUUUCAAUUGAGAUUGUCAAGUUGGGACAAAUUUAUUUAAUACAGAAUGACAUUGAUUUUUACCAUGAGAAAACAGACUCUACAAUUCAGUGUCGAUCACUGAAUAUUGCUGAAGACCUUGGCCAGAUUCAGUAUAUCUUCUCUGAUAAGACUGGAACACUCACUGAAAAUAAGAUGGUUUUUCGACGAUGCAGCAUUGCAGGACAGGAGUAUUGCCAUGAGGAAAAUGCAAAGAGGUUGGAGUCCUAUCAAGAGAUGGAUUCAGAAGAUGAGGAUUCAGCUGAUGCCCAAUAUGCUUCCUUGAACCAUAUGUCAAAAAGGAGGGGGCACAACUGCAGAGCUGUGAAUGAAUCUUUGAACAAAAAGUCUUUGGAUCAGUUAUCUGGUAGUUACCCUGCAGCAGGAAGGGAAAAUUCAGCAAGUGGUGUUCUCCAUGCAGGACAUGUUGCUUUCAGCAGCCGCAUUGAAACGGAUGUUGUACCAGACACACAACUGCUGGAGAAGUUCAGUCAGAUUUCUUCUUAUUCCUAUCAACAAUCAGAAGAUGCCAUCAGCAAGUUACCUUUGGAGACAACGUACAUCAUUGACUUCUUUCUUGCUCUGGCAAUCUGUAAUACUGUUGUAGUUUCAGUCCCCAAUCAGCCACGUCAGAAGAUGAGACACUCUUCACUGGGUAGGAUGCCUAUUAAAUCUCUUGAGGAAAUCAGGCAGAUGUUCCAGCGGUUGUCAGUCCGGAGGCUAAGUUCCUCCCCACUUCCAAGCAUAAAAGAGUCGUCAUCUGAAAGCCCGAAUAGCUUUGUGAGCAAACUGUCUAUUUUCAGAAUGAAACUGGCUUCACCUGCUUUGGAUGGGGCUAGUCAAAGGGCUGCUGAGCCUCACAACCCUGACAGCCCAGAAAAUCCCCAACUACCCGAAGAACUAGAUAUGGUGAAUGUAGCUGUGGGCAGUGAACACCACAGUGCUGGGUCAUCUAUUAAAGGGUCAUCUCCCUUACCUAAACUGUGUUAUGAAGCUGAGAGUCCAGAUGAAGCUGCCUUGGUUCAUGCUGCUAGGGCUUAUAAAUGUAUUUUACAGUCUAGGACUCCUGAUCAAGUAACUGUGGACUUCACAGGUCUGGGAUCUUUAACAUUUCAGCUCUUGCAUAUCCUGCCUUUUGACUCGGUGCGAAAAAGGAUGUCAGUGGUGGUUCGGCACCCAGUCUCCAACAAAGUGGUGGUGUACACAAAAGGUGCAGACUCAGUCAUGAUGGAUUUGCUGGGAACUGCAUCUGAAGUAGGCAUUAAGAAUUCAGAAAUGGAACAAAAGAAGAUUAAAGAGAAAACUCAGAAGCAUUUGGAUGACUAUGCCAGAAGGGGACUGCGCACUCUUUGUAUUGCUAAAAAGGUGAUGAGUGAUGAGGAAUAUACAGAAUGGUUAAAUCAUCAUUUUUUAGCAGAAACCAGCAUUGACAAUAGGGAGGAGCUGCUGCUUGAAUCCGCCAUCAGGCUUGAGACCAAGCUAACUUUGCUUGGUGCCACUGGCAUUGAAGAUCGCCUGCAGGACGGUGUUCCAGACACGAUACAGGCAUUACGGAAAGCAGGAAUAAAAAUAUGGAUGCUGACGGGUGACAAGAGAGAAACUGCUGUCAACAUUGCCUAUGCUUGUAAACUGCUGGAGCCAGAUGACAAAAUCUUCACUCUCAAAUCACAAAGUAGAGAUGCUUGUGCUUUGUUGAUGAAGAAAAUUUUAGAAGGCAUCCAGAAAAAUACUUCUGCCAAAAAAACAAAAAGUCGGAAGGUUGGGAAUGUCUCUGCAAGUCCCUCUACUCAAGCUGCCGGGUUCAGUGCAGGUCUGGUUAUUGAUGGAAAGACUUUAGAGCAUGUCCUUCAUGACAGCCUGCAGAAUAUUUUCUUGGAGCUUACAGAAAAAUGUCGAGCCGUAGUCUGCUGCCAAGCCACACCACUGCAGAAGAGUGUCCUGGUCAGACUGGUGCGAAAUAAGCUAAAGGCAAUGACAUUAGCUGUAGGUGAUGGUGCCAAUGAUGUCAGUAUGAUCCAGGUGGCUGACACUGGCGUGGGAAUCUUGGGCCAAGAAGGCAUGCAGGCUGUGAUGGCAAGUGACUUUGCAGUCUCUCAGUUUAGACACCUCAGGAAGCUGCUGCUUGUCCAUGGUCACUGGUGUUACACCAGACUCACCAACAUGGUGCUCUACUUCUUCUACAAGAAUGUGGCCUACGUGAACCUCUUGUUCUGGUACCAGUUCUUCUGUGGGUUUUCAGGAACAUCAAUGACUGACUACUGGAUCUUGAUUUUUUUCAAUCUCCUUUUUACAUCGGUGCCACCCAUUGUUUAUGGUGUCUUGGACAAAGAUGUGUCUGCAGAGAUACUCAUACAGAUCCCGCAGCUGUACAUGAUGAGCCAGAAGUCUGUGGCCUACUUGCCUUCAACUUUCUGGAUAACCUUGCUGGACGCUUUUUACCAAAGUCUUGUUUGCUUUUUUGUGCCUUACUUUACUUACUAUGGCUCAGACAUAGACAUUUUUUCUUUUGGAAAUCCUAUCAACACGGCAGCUCUCUUCAUAAUAUUGUUGCAUCUUCUCAUUGAGUGCAAGUCUGUGACUUGGAUACAUGCAGUAGUUAUAGUUGGCAGCAUCGUAUUUUACUUUGUCUUCGCUCUGGUUUUUGGGGCAACCUGCAAAACCCAUAACCCACCAUCAAAUCCGUAUUGGAUCAUGGAAAGGCACGUGACAGACCCACUAUUUUACCUCGUGUGCCUUCUGACUACUUGUGUUGCUUUGCUGCCCAGAUAUUUGCUGAGAGUUCUCCAAGGAACGUUUUUUCCGUCUCCAGUGUUGAGAGCCAAGCACCUUGACAAACUGAUCCCUGAGGAGCAGAGGGAAGCAAUUAAGAGAUGGAAAGAUGAUUGCGUUGUAAACUGUAGAAUGGAGUUCCAGGUUACUUCUGGGUCUUCCGGCUUAGCCACAGGUGCUGUAUCAGAGGAAGAAAGCAUUGCCAGUGUUUUGCCAACUUCUAAAACACCUUUUCAGGCCUGUUCAAGAGGAAGGUUAGUGGAGGAAGUCUCCUUAUCAGACAUUCAAGAUGAGUCUGGGAAUACAAACAGCCUGAGCUCUGAAAAGACUGUAUUUCUGAAUUCAUCAAAGGAAACUAAUUCAGACUCUUACGGAGUCCCUCGGCAUACUUCUGAAGAGGGCAAAAUUGCCAUUUCUCUUGCAGGUUUGAACACAAAGCAGGUUUGAAUUGUUUUGUAUGCACAAGCUGGUUUAAUGUAAUUUAUGGAGUUGGAAGGUGAACUAUUGAAAAGCCAAGAAUAAUAACUGCUGAUGUAUGCUACAUUGCGGUUUUGUUUUCUUCAGCCAAGGAAGAUGAUGCAUCCACUUGCUUAAAAGCUUUUGUGUUUAUAAAGCUUUUCAGUAAUUUAUUAAGACAUUCAAGGCCUAAA